CAGGAAUUUUACGUGACCAAACCAUGUCCAGAUGGAGCAGGAAGAGGAAAAGCCCUGGAGAUGCCGCACAAGGAGGGGCUGCAAACUCAGUCCAGGGAGCUGCAAGGAGGAAAGAUCCCCCAAGUGCCAGGAACACGGCCAGAGAUCCAGCCGGAGUUCAGAGCUGGGGGUGAAACCUCAUGGUGGGGAGAAGCCCCACAAGUGCUUGGAAUGUGGGAAGAGCUUCAGCCGGAGCUCCGACCUGAAGAAACACCAGAGGAUCCACACUGGGGAAAAGCCCUAUGAGUGUGGGAAAUGUGGGAAGAGCUUCAGAAGUACCUCUGACCUGAUGAAACACCAGGUGAUCCACACAGGGGAACGACCCUACACCUGCUUGGAAUGUGGGAAGAGCUUUGGGUGGAGCUCUGACUUGAGGAAACACCAUCGCAUCCACACUGGGGAGAGGCCCUACGAGUGUCCCCAGUGUGGGAAGAGGUUUCAGACCAGCUCCAGUGUCCUCCUACAUGAGCGGAUUCACACAGAUGAGAGGCCCUUCCGCUGCCCCGACUGCGGGAUGAGCUUCAACCGCAACUCCACCCUUGUCAGUCACCGGCGCAUCCACACUGGGGAGAGGCCCUACGAGUGUCCCCAGUGUGGGAAGAGCUUCUCCAGGAGCUCUCACUUGACCCGACACCAACGGAGGCACCAGUAAGGGAAGCCCUGCGAGUGCCCCGA